AUGUCAGACGAAGAAGUCGCUGUUGUUCCUGCGCAAGGCGACGACGCGCAAGAUGCUACCGAGACGGCCCUCACGACCACGGGCACCGAAGUCGCCGCGCCGGCGGAGCGCAAAGUCAAGAAGAUCAUCAGGAAGAAGAGGCGUCCAGCGCGUCCUCAGGUCGACCCCUCCUUCAUCACGUCCGAGCCGCCGCCGCAGACGGGUACCAUCUUCAAUAUCUGGUACGCUCUGUUCCACUCUCCCUCGUACAAUAAAUGGUCUGGUGGCGACCGCGAAGACAAGUACCUCUCGAAAACGCACGCCAAGGGUCGCUGCAACGUCGCAAAAGAUACGGGAUACACAAGAGCCGAUAAGGUGGUCGGCAGCUUUUUCUGCCUGUUCUUCGCCCGGGGCAUCUGCCCCAAAGGCCAGGACUGCGAGUACCUGCACCGGUUGCCUGGCAUUCACGACAUCUUCAACCCGAACGUCGACUGCUUUGGCCGGGACAAGCAUUCCGAUUACAGAGACGACAUGGGAGGUGUCGGAAGUUUCAUGAGGACGAAUCGCACGGUCUAUGUUGGCAGGAUACACGUCAGUGACGACAUUGAAGAGGUUGUUGCUAGGCACUUUGCGGAAUGGGGCCAGAUUGAGCGCACGCGCGUCCUCAACACCCGCGGCGUCGCCUUCGUCACAUACAGCAACGAAGCCAACGCGCAAUUCGCAAAGGAGGCUAUGGCCCACCAGUCCCUCGACCAUUGA